AUUCGGUCAGAGGUGUCAUGUCAGAAUUAUGAUAAACACAUCCUAUAAAAAAAAACUUAGAGAAAAAAGUCAGAUAAAUUUCUAUAAAGGAUAAUAUGGCACUCGAUAACCCAAGUUACUUUUCGUCCUUUGGUCUGCCAAGGAUGUCCUUGUUCAGACGCAAAAGAAAGGACUCUACUUCCAGCGAAUCUUCAGCUGCACCUUCAACUCCUGGAUAUAAUAAAACUAAUGCAUCUACUGAGUAUCUCUACGAUUCCCACUACCAACCACCAACUUUCUAUUCGAGUUCUUCAAGACGACAAAGGGCCCCUUUGGCUCGUUCAGCCCUGGCCCUUUUGACAGGUGGUGAACCCAGGCCAGAAGAUAGAGAGCCUGAUUCCAGCCUUUGGCCAAAUAGCGAUCAGGAAAGCAGUGAUGGUCGUAGAAGGGCCGGAUCUCUCCCUGGACGAAACCGAGGACGCCGACAUUCCAUCAGUUCUUUUUCCAAAAAUCGAACAACCAGCACUUCGUCUUCAGAUUAUUUGGUAACUUCAGUGCCGGAUGGGGCCCCAAAAAAAUCGGCUCCUAGGGUACCAAGAAGCCAGUUGGCCAGGAUGAUCCAAGACUCAAAGACCACUAUUGAAGACCUGCCUUUUCGACAAAGACUUAAGGCAGUGAUGGCCAAUCAUGACCCUAAUGGAAUUGUGAUGAGCAGACCUGAUGUUGUACCGAGGGACAGUUUUCGAUAUCGCCGACCUAGAGGAGCCUACGGUCGUCUAGCAAUGGACGAUAUUUUACUCUUAAGCUCUAAGGAUAGCAAUGCUGCCUCUUUAUGGGUUGACUAUUUGACCACUUGCUUUGACCACAUUACCAGGGGCAAGGCCAAUUCUGCCAAAAUCAGAGUAUUUCCAUUUUAUGCUGAAGAUUUACCAGCAACUCCUUGUCCAGAGCUGGUACGUCGAAUCAGGAGUGCCAAGUUGCUCCUAAUUGUGCUUUGUCCUCGACUUUUGCAAAGAUGCUCCGAAAAAACUGAAGACAAAUGCGAUUCCUCGAGCGAAGUCGAUUUAUGUGACGUAUCAGAUGGCAUGAACUCCUUCACAGCCAGAAUUUCUGCAGAUCGUGUAAUUGCUGCUAUGUUGGGCGUCAAAAAUGGUGAUGUCAAGGAACAACAUAAAAAAGCGUUGACUUCCUACGACCACUGGACACGCCUAGAAGUCCGUGACCAGGACCAGAAUUUUGUAGGAUGUCUCCUAAAUACAUCAAUGAGCAUCAUAGGACGUCCUGGUGGAAGUUGUGCUAAUAUCCAGGAUGACCUUCCCACAAAUCCUGGACGUGACCAAGUAGACUGCCCAAUGGUGGAUCCAAAUGAGAUGACCAUGGUGCAGGAGGAUGGUGGUAAAGCUGGAUUUAGUGUCCAGCCGAAAAAGGUUCGAUAUGGUCAAUCGCGUAUCCUGGCUUUGCUGAAUGAUCCUGUUACAUCACAAGAUUGCGUCGAAGUUUUUGUCGAAAAGAGCGAAUCUGGUGAGAUGGUGAGGGCUCAGCAAAUACGCAAACGGAAUCCUUAUACUGUCCAAUUCACAGUACCAGAUCUUUGUAUGACCGAAUCUUGUCUUCUGAGUAUUCAACUACGAAUCAACGGCAAGUCCAUGGGUUCAAGGCCGAUAAAAUGCGAGGCAAGGUGUCGGGAAUUUGAAAGAAUUCUCAGAGAAUGCCUAGAUCGUCCUGAUGGGCUCUGGGGUCUUUUGGGACUUCCUGGAAAUUUGCAAGAUCGCGAUAGAUUAGACGCUGCUUUGUGCAGAGCCUUGAGGGAAAAUAUCCCUCAGGACUUCCAACUGUUGGCUGGACCUGGUGUUGACGAUUUAGGAUGCACAGGAAUUUUACCAGAAUGUCCAUCUCUACUGCACUUUUGUGCCAGGUAUGGGUUGGAACGUACAGCCAUGCGUUUGCUGGAUUGUCCAGGAGGUGGUUUUAGUGGGACAACUUUAGAUGCAUCAGGACGUAGUCCUGCAGAACUUGCAAGUCAAAAUGGACACCAUAGACUGGCAUCUAUUCUACAAGGCUACAUGCAAAUGAAUGAACUGAGUUCCAUGUAUGCCUAUUUGAAGGGAAUCAGUGGAAACAGACGUGUCUCGUCGCGAAAUUCGGAGUCCCAAGAAGACGCAAUGGGAUAUCUGGAUAUGACAACAAAUUCCAGAAGAUCUAAAAAGGAUUCUAUAAACUUGAAUGUCGAUAACGAUAAUACAGAUGAUUCUAUGAGUGAACAGUGUUGUAGGUUGUUGGAAGAAGACGGUCCAAGGGCUACAAGUGAUGCUUUGACAUCGGAAGAGGUGGGAAAACAAUAUAUAAAUUUGUGUGGUUGUAGUUGGUGUCGAUGCUACUAA